UCUUAUAUUUCUCUACGGAGGGAGUAUAUGACUUGCCUCCGCCAUCUCUACACUCAUCGAUGUCACAAGUUGAAGAGCAUGCCUCCAGGACUAGGAAACCUCACUAACCUGCGAAUGCUGACAUGUUUUGUGGUAGGAGUUCCUGGCCCUGAUUGCAGUGAUGUUGCAGAGCUGCAGAAUUUAAAUCUUGGUGGCCAGUUAGAGCUACGUCGGAUGGAGAAUGUUAUAGAAGCAAAGGCAAAAGUGGCAAACAUUGGAAACAAGAAGGAUCUCAGAGAACUGACACUAAGAUGGACUUCUGUUUGUGACAGCAAGGUGCUCGACAAUUUUGAACCUCGUGAUGGGUUGCAGGUUCUCAAAAUAUAUUUCUAUGGAGGAGAGUACAUGGGUAUGUUGCAAAACAUGGUUGAGAUCCAUCUUGUUCAUUGUGAAAGAUUGCAUUUUUUGUUCAGAUGCGGAACAUCUUUCACUUUUCCAAAACUGAAGGUGCUCACGCUAGAACAUCUUUUGAAUUUUGAGACAUGGUGGGAAAUAAAUGAGAGGCAAGAAGAACGGAUUAUAUUUCCUUUGCUUGAGAAGUUGUUUAUUAGGCAUUGUGGAAAGCUGAUAGCAUUGCCGGAAGCACCCCAGUUGUUUAUUGGGAAAUGUGGAAAGCUAAUAGCAUUACCUGAAGCACUGUUGAUUGAGGAAGCCAGUAGUCGAGACUAUAGAUUGGUACGAUCACCAUUUCCUGCCCUAAAGGUACUCGAAUUGGAAAACUUGCAGAGCUUUCUGAGAUGGGAUGCAGUCGAAGGGACUCAUGUAGAACACAUGUUCUUUCCUCUGCUUGAGAAGCUAUCAGUUCAGAAAUGCCCAAAGGUAAUAGAUUUAUCUGAAGCACCAAAACUAAGUGUGUUAGAAAUUGAAGAUGGCAAGCAAGAGAUGUUAUGUUGGGUAGACAAAUAUUUGUCUUCAUUGACCAAUCUGAUACUGAAGCUAGAAGACAUAGAGAGAAGGUCAGAGGCUCAAUGCACUUUAAGUGUACCGGUGGACAGUAAUGAGAAAUGGAAUCAGAAAUCUCCUCUUACAGUUAUGGAGUUAGGAUGCUGCAACUCAUUCUUUGGAGCAGGUGCACUAGAGCCAUGGGACUAUUUUGUACACUUGAAGAAUUAAACAUUGAUAGUUGUGAUGUGCUCGUCCACUGGCCAGAGAAAGUGUUCGAAAGCUUGGUAUCCUUGAGGACAUCAGUGAUUAGAUGGUGCCGAAAUCUGACUGGAUGCGCACCAGCUCCUCUUGAGCCAUCAACAUCCGGAAGGAAUCAAUACCUGCCAGGUUUGGUGACUCUUGAGCACUGUUUCAAACUUUGCUCUUGAGUUAUCUGAUUGUGCAAGUUUGGUAGAGAUGUUCAACGUUCCGGCUUCUCUCAAGAGCAUGGAGAUUUGGUCGUGUUUUAAGCUUGAGUCCAUAUUCGGCAAGCAACAAGGCAUCUCAGUGUUAGUUGAAGGGUCUUCUUGCAGUGAGGCAAUCGUGCCCGCAGCUUUAUCAGAGAUGCCAUCCUCACACAUGAAUCACUUCUGUCCAUGCCUAGAAUAUGUAGGGUUGUAUUACUGUGGAAGUUUAACAGCAGUUUUAAAUCUGCCCCCAUCUUUAAAGGCCAUAUUUAUUAAAGGCUGCGAUAGUGUUCAAGUACUAUCAUGUCAG